ACAAAAGUCAUUGUUCAUUUCAUGUCUAAGAACUCAAACGAAACAUUCAAAACGUUCUAAAAAUUUGAGAAAGUGUAAAAAUAGAGGGCGGUACCAUACCGGAAGUGCAACCAUGCACAUGAUGAAACGUGGAGAAAGAGUGGAAUCUUUGCCUGUUUAGAUAACAAAAACGACGGAAUUAGCACUUAUUGACCACUAGUGUGUUACAUGGUGCUUGGUUUGCUAUGGAUGAAGAAGCUCUUCUUGGGCUACUUCCCACAGCUGACAUCUACAGACGCACAAGGGCGACUCAAUAUUUUGAACAACUGAAGGAGUCAUCCAAUGGUUGGGAAAUAUGUGCUGGGGCCCUGGCGUCUGGUCAGUAUAUGGGGAAUGACCAUGUGCGUUUCUUCCUCCUACAAGUAGUGGAGAAUUACCUGAAAGCCAGGUAUCCUCAGAGUGAUGAGGCCACACAGCAGAAAGUAAAGACACUCAUCAUAUCACUGCUACAGCAACAGGGAGUUGACAGUUGUGUGGAGAAGAGUUUCAUCAGAAACAAAAUCGCUCAACUUUUUUCGUUAGUCUAUGUCGCAGACUAUCCCCAUAGAUGGCCAACUUUCAUUCAGGAUAUCUUACAGGGGUUAACCCUGGGGGUCAAUGCAAUAGACUUGUAUCUGAAGGUUCUGAUGGCUAUAGACAGUGAGGUGGUAGAUAGAGAUAUUUCUCACACCCAACAGGAGACCCAGAGGAACACUUUGAUCAAGGACACUAUGAGAGAACAGUGUGUGCCACAAAUGGUGGAGUCUUGGUACCAUAUUAUAACGUCAUAUCAAAACUCUAAACCAGAGGUUGUAUGCGCCUGUCUCGAUGUCAUCGGUGCUUAUGUCUCCUGGAUAGAUAUCGGCCAUAUCGCCAAUGACAAGUUUGUCUCUGUCUUACUCCAAUUCAUGUCUGUGGAUGUGCUAAGGGAGUCUGCCUGUGAUUGUAUUAUAGAGAUUAUAAGUAAAGGAAUGGACCCUUUAGCCAAGAUGAACCUCAUUGAGUCAUUUACUAGCAUACUAGACAGGGCAGGAAUCUUGAAUCCUGGCAAGGAUGAAGAUCCAGAUUACUUAGCCAAAUUAGCUAGACUAGUGGACAGCAUAGGAACCAAUCUAAUCAUAAACUAUCAGAAAAUGUCAAAGUCUUCCAAUAAAGAGAAUGCUGAUUUGAUGCUUCAGUCCAUUGAAAACAAAGUGCAGUUUAUUUUCCGUUUCCUCUGUGAUGAAGAUGAUGACGUUUCGGGAGCUGUUGCUAACUUUACACACGACUAUAUCAGUGUACUUAAGCAGGCAGGCCCACUCACUGCAAAACAAAAGGAAAACAUUGGGAGUAUCCUAAUGGCUGUGAUAAGUAAAAUGAAGUUGGAUGAAUCAUACAACUUUGACCAGGAGGGAGAGGAUGAGGCUAUGUUCCAAGAGUAUAGAAAACAACUUAAAGUCAUAUACCAAAACAUAGGACAGCUAGAGCCAGAUUUAGUCGUCACAACUACGCACCAAUUUGUAGAAAAUGUAUUCAAAGCAUGGAAGAAAACAAAUGAUGUAAAAUAUGCUGACCUGGAACUGGGGGUACUUUUAUUGUAUCAGGUUGCGGAGGUUUUUCCAGUUUCGCAUGGUCAGCAUUUUAGUGGUGAUAUGUCUAAAGUCUCAUCCCUUCAGCAGAUGAUGAGACUUAUGAUCGAGUGCAAUGUUUGUGGUUGUCGACACAUUGCUGUGCAGUUGCAGUAUUUUGAAACAGUUGUGCGAUACGAGAAGUUCUUUCAACACGAAACACAACACAUUUUACCAGUUUUAACAGCAUUCCUUGAUGAGAGAGGACUCAGGAAUCCCUCCGCUAAAGUUUGCAGUAGAGCCGCAUAUCUCUUCUCCCGCUUUGUAAAAGCAGUCAGGUCUCAUCUCCAAGAGUACAUAGAGGAUAUACUGAAGCGUAUGACAGAUAUGUUAACUGUCAACUCUCCAGACAACGGAUUCAACCACAGAUUGUCCAGUGAAGACCAGUUCUUUAUCUAUGAGACGGCAGGCAUUCUAAUCAUCUCAAGUAAUCUACCUGUACAGAAGAAACAGGAGCUUAUGAAAAGUCUCCUGGCUCCAAUUGUCUCUAAGUUCAGCGACCUCUAUACAUCUAUGUGCAAUGACCAGGAUGAGAAGCGACAGGAAGCCUACGCUGAGAGCCUCAACCAUGCCAUGGCAUUUGCUAGUCGAAGCAGCAAGGGUUUCUCUAACAACCAGACUAUGAAGGUGUGUGGAUGUGUGGAGGUGUACACUGAAACAUUACAGGUCUUCUUACAGGCAUUAAACACACCUGUGCACAGGAGCUUGUUGCAGACAGGUGUUAGACAGUAUUUACACCGCAUGGUUGUAUGCCUUGAAGCUGAGAUCCUACCAUUUAUCCCUUUAGCCAUGGAGCAGCUACUUAAACAUGCAGAUGCCAAAGAAAUCUAUGAUUUCAUUCCACUUAUGAACCAAGUUGUCAUGAAAUUUAAACAACUUAUCGUGCCAUUUUUACAACAAGUAUUCCUUCCAUUAGUACAAACCAUAUUCACCACACUUUCUGCGCCCUCUGAUGAGAGAGACACCCAGGCAACCAAUGAAAAGAAAAUGCUACGAAGAGGAUACUUCUCAUUCGUCUCUACAAUUGUCAGUAAUAAUGUCGCAGAGGUGCUCAGCUCAUUAGAAUCAGAUAAUUUGACGCGUGUGUUACGAACCAUCAUAGAGGGCGCCACAGAAAUACCUGAUCCAACUGCUCAAAAGUCGUGCUACAACAUCCUGAAGAGACUGGUGGAACUGUGGGGCGGUGAAACUGGUCUGAAUGGAUUUGAUGACUAUAUAUACAAAAGUAUUGUACCCUGUUGUUUCCUUGGGCCUUCUAAACCCACCUUUGAUCUCAAUGAUGGUCAAACAGUACUGGCUCUGGGAGAGAGUGCUCUGUGUAUGCGUGCAAUCCUGGCCAAGUUGGGGGAACAGUUCUGUGUGUUUCUACUGACUGACUACCUACCUAAACUGAAUGUAUCCUCACAAUUGGCAGCUGAGUAUUGCCAAGCACUGAAGUCAGACAACAAAACAUUUAAAGCUUAUACAAAAACAUUUUUUACGAGAGUGAGAUCAUGACACAACCAGUGACUGUAUAUAGUGUAAAUAUUGUGUAUAUUGAAACUGUACAUAUUAUUAAGAAGAAGCUGCAAUAAGUCGGUGUCUGGAGAAACAUGAUGA